AUGUCUCUCGACUUUGCAAAGGGCUUUGACUACUGCGGUAGGGAUGAGUAUGAUUCAGAGAAGGAAGAUCAGGUUGGAUUCCUCGAAUCAAUGCUGGAAUACCUAAAGAGUGCAGACACUCUGCGAACCUUUCGUUUUAACCAGCCUCUCCCAAAGAAGAUUCUGAGGUUCCUUCUCCAGUCGACCCAGAGCACAAUCAUCAACUUUUCAUUCUGUCCUCGGGAGUUAUCCUACAUCCCGCCAGUCACGAAACACCUCUCAAAGUUUACGUUUAUGAAGUGUUCGUCGCCAGGCUUUGACGACGAAGACAGAGCGACCGAGGAGUUCUAUAGGUCACUCAACAAUGUCGACCACAUCAAGACUGACAUAUUGGCAUGCGUACCAUUGAUUGGCUACAACAACAAGUCGACUUCCAUUUCAAUGCCAUCUAUAUCUAGAGCUACAGACGAUAUCCAAUAUCUUUGGAGCCAGGUACUGGUUAUGUCCAUGAAAUAUUAUUCAUUGCUCAUCAUUCUCAAAAGUCCAGACCACGCACUCCCUCCAGGCCUUUGCCUCCCCCUCACCCAUCCAUUGAUAGAACAAACACAACAACACACUGUUGUUGAUGAUGAUUAA